AUGAUUUGUACUGACGCGCUAUCGAGAGCCCCCUCCCAAGCAGUUGAAGCCAGUCCGGCAGAGGCCAGGUCAAUGAAGGAGUAUGUUGGCUUAAUCCUGGGGGAAGCUCCAAUCUCUUGCGAAGAUGUCCGGCUAGCCACAGACACUGAUGGUCAGCUAAGUCGAGUCAGGAACAGAGUGUUACAAGGCAAGUGGAAUACAUGCGACGGCAGCGACGAGGUAUACUUUCGAAUAAGGGACUCGUUGUCAGUGGUUGAUGACAUCGUCAUGCAUAACAAUCGCAUCGUCAUACCCGGUACCUUGUAUGACCAAGUCCUCCGUAUCGCACACGAAGGCCAUCCAGGACUCGACACGUUUCUGGACACGUUGCGACAAAGUGUAUGGUGGCCGUCCAUGAGCAAAGAUGCCUCAGAAUUCGCUAGGACAUGCUCGACAUGCUGGAAGAGGCAGCGGAAUCCUCCACAACCCCUCCAACCGUCAGAAAUCCUACCAGUCUGGUAUCGGGUGGCGGUGGACCUCGUGGAGAUCGAGGAUCAUCACUUCUUGUCGGUCAUCGACUACGGAUCCCGAUAUCCCGAGUUGCUCUUGCUAUCCAGCACCACAUCGAGAGUCAUAAUACAAGCAUUGUCGGAAGUAUUCGCAAGACAUGGUCUACCGGUGGAGCUAGUUAGCGACAAUGGGCCACAGCUGGUGUCGGACGAAACAGAAACUUUUCUCUGGAAAGCAGGAGUCAAGCAUAUCAAGUCGAGCCCGCGGUAUCCAUGCUCCAACGGAAUGGUGGAGAGAUUCCAUGGCGUCGUGCGCAGGCGCUUGAGUGGGAUGCCUUCAUCACUACCUCUGAGACAGCGACUCCAGCAAGCGCUAUUCGGCAUUCGUACAUCCGUGAAUCGGAUGAUUGGGACAUCACCAGGAGAAGCAUUCUUUGGACGGGCCCUUCGAGGACGAUUGCCGAAUCUAGCUAACGGUCAAAUCAUCAACCGGGAGAGGCAAAUUGACCAAAAAAUGCGAAUGGCCCAUCAACACGAUCAGAAGAGAGGCGUGCGGGAGCUCCCUGCUCUCGAGCCAGGCAGUAAAGUGGUACUGCAAGACGGAUAUAGUCAACCGGCCAAGGAAUGGUGUGUCAUACGACAGGAAGGCCGUCAAGUGGUGGUGGAAGACGGUGUGCGCACGGCCAUAAGAAACCGCCGGCAAGUCAGGGAGACUAUCCCGCCAUCAGCAACUGAGGCGACCACCGAGCGGAGCCGUAGCCCUGGGUCUGACAAAGAUGCUGCAGGCACAACGGAAGAAGAAGCCCGAGCCGACAACAACCAGCCACAGCUGCCUCGACGUUCUAGCAGAGUGAGCAUGCCUGUGGAGCGGCUAGGAUACGAUUGA